AUAUAAACCAGGCGCCGUCGACAGCACAGCAUCGGUCUCGUAUCCUUCACCAUGAAGGUAAAGGAACAUCAAUUAUAUCUUGUGUUUGUGUGUGUCUGAUUUGUGUCACGUCUAAGGCACAAAAUCUGAAAUAUAUGCUUUUCAUUUUCAUUUGAUCUUCUAACCCUUGCAGCUGGCACUGGCGAUACUACUAUGUGUGGGCGCUGCCACACGGGUUGGAGCGCAGGAUGGCUCCUAUGUGCUGGAUUCACGAGGCGUGGAGGUGGAGCAGGGACUCCAGCCUUCCCCAGAACUCUUCCAGAACCACCAGGCCUUCUCCCAAGCCUUCAAAGAACGCUCUGAAGAGAUGGCCUUGCAAUACAGUCUUGGCCAAGUCGAAUACAAUGAUCCAGUAGGUAUCCCACUGCCUUGUUGAUAUUAGAUUUUCUCUAUAUCCAUAAACCAGUUGUAGUACUUUUUUUCUUGUGUGUGUGUGUGUGUUUAUCACUUGAUUUUGUCUUCAGAACCCGGAGUAUGCUUGGGCUUACGAGGUCGACGCCAAAUCGACCGGGGACAUGAAGUCUGCCCGAGAGGAGCGUCGAGGUGACGUGGUCGUGGGUCAGUACUCGGUCAUGGACCCCGACGGGUCUCUGCGCGUGGUCGACUACUCGGUGGCUCCCGGCACAGGCUUCCAGGCCACCGUCCGCAAGGAGUACACGGGCGAGGCUUUCCAGGGUCAGGAGCAGAGACUGCAGGCUCAGGCCAAGCAGUACAGUGCUAUCCAACAGGGAAGCAACUACCAACAGAACCGCAACCAGUACCAACAGAAUCGCAAACAAUAUCAGCAGAACCGUGGCCAGUACACCCAGAACUACAAUGAGUACCAACAGAACCGCAACCAGUACCAGGAAAACCGUGGCCAGGACUCCCAGAACUACAAUGAGUACCAACAGAAUCGCAACCAGUACCAACAGAACCGUACCCAGUACUCCCAGAAUUACAAUGAAAACCAACAGAACCGUAACCAGUACCAGUACUCACAAAAUCGCAACCAGAACCUGGAAAACAGAAGACAAUAUUCUCAGAACCGCAAUCAGUAUCAACAAAACCGCAAUCAGUACUCCCAGUACAGCAACGAGUACCAACAGAACCGCUAUCAGAACCAGCAGAACAACGAGUACCAGCUAAACCCCAUUCAGUAUUCUCAGAACCUCAACGAGUACCAACAGGACCGCAGUCCGUACCAGAAGAAUAGUUACGAUUCUACACAAAACCGUAAUCAAUACUCCCAGAAUUUUAAUGCAUACCAGAACCGCAAUCAAUACCAACAGAACAGCAAGCAGUUCCAGCAGAACCGCAAUCAGUACCAACAGAACCGCGACCAGUCCUACCAGAACCGCAAUCAAUACCAACAGAACAGCAACCAGUUCCAGCAGAACCGCAACCAGUACCAGCAAAACCGCAACCAGUUCCAGCAGAACCGCAACCAGUACCAGCAGAACCGCAACCAGUACCAGCAGAACCGCAACCAGUACCAACAGAACUAUGACCAAAGCCUUUCCAGCCGCAACAGCGUCAGGUACAACUUCCAGCGUUAUGGAACCAACCGCUUCAAUCAGAACCUGAACCGUCCUUCGCCCAGCCUCUACAACAGCCAGAACCAAAACCUUCUAGCCCGCUAUGGAUCCGGUUCUCAGAACCAGUACAGCAACCAGUACAACAACCGCGCCUACAACCAGUACAGCACCCAAGUGAACAGGAACCAGCAGAACCAAGGUUACUCUCCCGUCAGCGUGGUUCUCGCUUCCUCGAGGAACUAACACGCGAACCGCAUUGCCAACGGCCUUCCUAGACAACGAACCGUCAAAGGCGUUCACAAUGGUUCAAAAUGGUUAUCUUGAUGUUGGGCAAAA